GUCUGAUUGAAUAAUAGUCCAAAGCUGUAGUGUACUCAUUGUCCAUUGUCAGUUAUAAUUAAAAGUGCCAUCACCUGUUAACAAAAGAGGCUGCAGCCAUCAGUGGAAGUUUUGCUGCUCAGCUAAUAUGUGAAUCCUGCAUCCAGAUGGCUUCCAGGUUUGGCCAGAGGAACGAUGAAAGGCACCAGGAGUUCUCAGAUUCCUAUCUGUUUAGGGAUCCCAGGCUCAACCCUUUAAAUGAACUCCCCCACAGUGCCUCCUGGUGGGCUGGUAGGGAGGAGCAAGGAGACUCACUGAGGGAGCAGCUAAGAGAGAUGGAUGAGCAUGUGGCCAGGCUUCAGGACAUGCUGAGAUGUGAGCGGGUCAAAUGUGCCCAUCUGCAGCUGCAGUGUAACCAGCAGGAGGCAGAGCUGCGACGCCGGGAGCUGCAGACCAACAAACUGAAAGAACGACUGUCACAGAUGACUGACAGACACAGAGAGAAAGGACCAACCAUAGAGGUGCUGAAUUUUCCACCUGGAAUCAGGGGCAAAAAAGAACAUCCAAGUAAAUCAUUCAGGUCUACUGCAAAACGAGAGGAGGCAGCACUGCGGCUGAUGCUGGAGCGAAGAGAAGCAGAGCUAAGAGAGGCGAUGAAGCUGCGUCACAGCCUCACCACUUUACUUCAUGCACUCAGAGUCAACAUGGAACAGGCUCUGUCAGAGUCAGUGGAUAUGGCCCAGGAUGGAGAUAAAAAGUUGGAUCAAUCUGAGGAAGUACUUGGAGAACAUGUGACAGGUGGGGUUGUUCAGAGUUGGAGGAAAGUGCAGAGGCUGCUACAGAGCAUCCUGUCUGAAGGUCAAACUAUAGCUGGUACUGACCAAGAGAAGCUCCUGGCUCAGCUAGAAGCAGAAUUGAAAGAGAGUCAACAUCUUGUCAGAUUACAACAGCAAAUGCUGCAGGAUAGCCUUGCUUCACCCAUCCCGUCUGAACUUACUGAUAGCUACUUUUUGGAAGAGUGGGAACGUCUUCAGGCGCGCUGGGCAGAGCUCAAUCAUAUGAGGAGGACUUUUGAAAGGGAGCGGCAGUCCUUCACUGAUGCCGCCAUCCGACUCAGCCGAGAGCGUCAUGAUUUUGAGCAACAGAAAGCCUGUCUUCUGAAGCAGCAAUAUCUGUGUGACUCACCUCCGUUUAAUAAAGGAGCGCCAAACAGCCGAAGAGAGAGCACUGCUCUCAGCCUGUCAGGUUUGGGACCCACCAACAUAUCUGGCUGUCUUCCGCUUACUCCAUCAUCCUCUGAGUUGGGAGCUGCUCCUGUGGUUGAAUUACAUCAGGGAAGAGGCAGAGUCCAAACUCCCAGCACUCCUGAGCUCUACUCUGCUCUCAAUCUAACAUACAACUACAGAUGCAGAGCGGCUGAUCACUCAGAAACAUGGGAUGCUGGAGCAGACAGGAUUGGGCACACACCCCACGCUCCACAUUUAGAUUGGUCAUUUUAAUGCAAUUCUAUUGAGCAGUGUACCCUAUUUCCCC